GGAUGAGUCGAAGCGCCUGUACUCAGUAGAUGUCAGCGCAGACACCAAGGACUUCCAGUUCGCGAUCACUCGUAAAGCAACCAAAACUAAAAUUUGACACAUCCAUAGGUGGACUGGUAUUCGCUGACCAGUUCCUACAGUUGGCCACCAAUUUGGCCACAAAAAACGUUUAUGGAUUUGGUGAGAACGUGCACCAGACCUUCAGACAUGACCUUAACUAUAGGACCUGGCCACUUUUUGGCAGGGACAAGCCACUUGGUGAAGGCACCGACAAUCUCUACGGAGUGCACCCAUUCUACACCGUACUGGAAGCCGACGGUAAAGCACACGGAAUACUGUUCCUCAACAGCAAUGCCAUGGGUUUGUGUUUGACG